AUGGAGUCGAAGAUUUUUCUCAAACUGAGGCCUUAUUUGGGUGUUAUUUUCUUGCAAUUCGGGAGUGCCGGUUUUGGUAUAGUCGCGAAGGCGGCUCUAAAUCAAGGCAGCAGCAAUUACACUUUCGCCGUCUACAGAAAUGCGAUUGCCGCUGCCCUUUUCAUCCCUUUCGCCCUCAUUUUCGAGAGGAAAACCAGGCCGAAAAUGACGUUUAGCGUAUUUUGGAAGAUCUUGCUGCUUAGCUUAUUUGACCCGGUUAUCGGUCAGAACAUGUUCUAUGCCGGGAUGAGAUAUUCGUCGGCCACUUUUGCUGCAGCCCUGUGCAAUCUCAUUCCUGCUAUCACUUUCGUAUUGGCUUGGAUACUUAGGAUUGAGAAAGUGAACUUCAAAAGCCUUCGGAGCUAUGCAAAGAUUAUGGGGACUUUGGUUACCGUAGGUGGAGCCAUGCUUAUGACUCUGAUCGCCGGGCCCGUGAUAGGAUUGCCAUGGACACACGAAUCCCAUGAUAAUCAACAAACCUCAUCACCAGAAGAUCCCGUUAGGGGAGCUAUCAUGAUAGCCGUUGGUUGUACCGGUUACUCCGCUUUUUAUACCCUUCAGGCAAUUACAUUGAAAUCGUACCCAGCUGGGCUUUCUCUAACGGCUAUGGUGUGUUCUCUUGGAGCCUUCCUCGGGACUAUUCUCACUUUCGUGGCCCAAAGAGGAAAUACUUCAAUUUGGGCCUUUGGAUGGGAUGCCAAACUCUUAGCAUAUGUCUAUGGGGGAGUGGUGUGUUCUGGCAUAACAUACUACUUAUCAGGGGUGAUAAUGAAAGAAAAGGGUCCCGUUUUCGUUACCGCAUUUAAUCCUCUCGGCAUGGUCAUAGUCGCAGUUAUGAGUUCUUUCAUUUUCGCAGAGCAAAUGACCGUCGGAAAGAUAUGUGGCGCAACAGUUAUUGUCAUUGGGUUGUACUUGCCAACCUCCCAAGAGGUGGACUCACGUGCCCUGCGUGAGAUUACCAAAAGGGUCGAGAAGUCAUGGGAGAGAGUCGGGGCUAAUCGAAUGUCGGGUUUAGAAAUAAAAGCCCCUCGGUGUUCAAUCGCCUCGGUACCAAUCCAAAGCGUUCCAAUCUCUGCCACGACUUUAACAAAUCCACUCACUAAGAAGGUUGAGGAGAUCACGAUCCUGCGAGAACCCAGCUUGAGGGUGAUGAGGAAAACACUUUGGUGUCUUGUCCAGCCAAUGAUCAUCCAUCCGAUCUGUAAAACGGCAAACUCCAUCUCACCCAAAACCGUGGAUGAUGUCCUAGAAAGGAGACUCGUCUACCUUUCAAGGAGAAGAAGACAGUCAGAGCUCAAGACCCGGCAAAGUUGGAGCCAAAUUGAGAAGGACCCUACACGGUGA